GGGGAACGUUCGACAUUAAUGGCGAGAUUCAUACUUAUACGGCGGCGGGGAUACUUCAUUCUUCAGAUCUACGCACCUUGUGCCAUGAUAGUAGGAGCUUCGUGGGUAGCUUUCUGGAUAAACCGGCACGACGCAGCAGGACGAGUAGCAGUCGGUGCUAUGACCGUGCUAACCCUAGUUACAAUGGGUUUCGGAGGCAGAGCUUCUCUUCCCAAAGUGGCCUAUCCAACUGCCUUAGACUGGUUUGUUAUUAUGUGUUUCGCUUUUGUAUUUGCUGCCAUGGUGGAAUAUGCCUGUGUGCAGCUAAUGGAACGCUUUGAUGCGGAGAGGCUACGUAAAUGUCUUCAACACAGAGAGAACCCUGAUCACUCAGAGGAGGACAGCAAGAGUGAUGAAGUGAAUCCGGAACUAUCGACAGGAGGACAGGAGGAUGCAGAAGAGCUUGGACUAAACAUAAAAUCUGACAGAAGUUUUACAAACACGUUCCGAAACCGCUUCAGGAGGAAGAAGAAGAAGAAGAAGUAUGAAGAAAUAUCAAACUGUGAGAUAUUACCAUCUCGAGCUGACCAAGUUGACGCUUACUCUAGGGUGGUCUUUCCUCUCACGUUCGCCAUCCUUAACCUUCUCUACUGGGUUUUAUACCUGUACAUUAUUGAUGACGAAAUUCCAGAAGACCUGGCCCAGCAAGAGCUGUGACCAUUUGUUUACAGAACUGAUUUUUAAACUUGUAGAAACGUAAGCCGAACCGUACACAGCUUCUUUACCAAUAGGAAACUUGCCUUGGUAUCAGUGUUAAUUAUAAAACAAAUUCGUUUCUGUCACUAUCAUAUUUAAGCUCACUAAAUUCUCACAAAUACACAUUGAAAAUAAAGUUAACCUUUUUCUA